AUGGCGUCUCCUCUUCACCCCGCAGUCACCGUGUCUAAUAUCCGACAACUCAUCCCGAUCACCUUAGACAUUGAAACCGGUCACUACACUUCGUGGUCGGAACUCUUCAAGAUUCAAUGUAAGGCGUUUCAAGUGUACGACCAUCUUCAGCCCCGAACCACUCCUGCUACUUCUUCUGAUAAAGAUAAGGAAAAAGAAAAGCCUACGGAAUCAUGGGAACGUCUGGAUUCGAUAGUUCUGCAGUGGAUAUACGCGACUAUAUCCCAAGAUCUUCUACACACUAUUUUGAAGCCGAACACCACUGCCUUUGAUGCAUGGACUGCUCUCGCCAACCUGUUUCAAGACAAUAAAGCAACCCGAACCAUUGAUCUCAACAACAAGUUCGCUAGUACAAGGCUAGAUUAG